AUGCCGGAGACCGAGCCAAAGCGGCUCUCCAUUAUCCCGCAUUACAGGAUAUGGGAUCCGAAGGAGCAUGAUGACUUGGGAGAUUUGAAGCAGCCGCGUGCAGAAUCUGGGGGUUUCUUCAAGGGCGAGAAGCUGCCCUGGGAGGGCAAAGAGCAUUUCCUCUCGGGCCAUGCCUGGAUCGAGGAGUUCACUCGGGCAGCACCCCACGUCCAGCAGCUUCUGGAGAUCGAGUCUUCCAUAUCCUGGCCGGGAAGGCCGAUCUCGCCUCCAUACCUUGUGACGGGCAGGGUAACCACAACGGUGGCAUCGGGCAGCUGA